ACGGAACCCUCCUCCCAGGCCCGGAAGUCCAUUAAGAACUACAAGGAGAGGCGAGAGAGAAGCGGCCCUCCACUACGGCUAGAGCGACCCUGAGAAGGCACAGCAACUUCCGGGGCGGAGCUCUCUGGUGCUUUCAUUUCCGUUGGGGAAAUGUGGGCUGCUGGCCCCGUGAAAGUUCGCGUUUGCUUGGCUGCCAUUUCCGUCACUUUGAGACGGUGCUUGAAAUUGGGAGCGGCAAUGGCAAAGAGCAAGUUCGAGUACGUGCGGGACUUCGAGGCUGACGACACAUGUCUUGCCCACUGCUGGGUGGUGGUGCGGCUGGACGGCAGGAAUUUCCAUCGUUUUGCUGAGAAGCACAACUUUACAAAACCUAAUGACAGCCGUGCUCUCCAUCUAAUGACUAAAUGUGCCCAAACCGUAAUGGAAGAACUGGAGGAUAUUGUGAUUGCAUAUGGACAGAGUGAUGAGUACAGCUUUGUGUUCAAGCGGAAAAGCAAUUGGUUUAAAAGAAGAGCCAGUAAGUUUAUGACUCACGUGGUCUCCCAGUUCGCCUCCAGCUAUGUGUUUUACUGGCGGGAUUACUUUGAGGACCAGCCCCUUCUGUAUCCCCCAGGCUUUGAUGGAAGAGUCGUGGUGUAUCCUAGCAACCAGACUUUAAAGGACUAUCUCAGCUGGCGGCAAGCAGAUUGUCACAUAAAUAAUCUUUAUAAUACAGUUUUCUGGGCACUUGUACAGCAGUCUGGAUUAACACCAAUACAAGCCCAAGAGAGAUUACAGGGAACUCUUACAGCAGACAAGAAUGAGAUUUUAUUUUCCGAAUUCAACAUCAACUACAAUAAUGAGCCACUGAUGUAUAGGAAGGGAACUGUGUUGAUAUGGCAGAAGGUGGAUGAAGUCACGACAAAAGAAGUUAGGUUGCCAGCAGAAAUGGAAGGAAAAAAGAUGGUGGUGACCCGGACCAGGACUAAGGCGGUGCCCUUACACUGCGAUAUCAUUGGGGAUGCUUUCUGGAAGGAACAUCCAGAAAUCCUAGAUGAAGACAGCUGACCCUUUGCUUUUCAGUACUGGUGUGCUUGACCAUGCAGGGUCCCCCAAGUCUCCUGGCCUUAGGUGGCCCUAGCAUCUGUGCCAUGCAGAACAGUGUCCUGGGAGUGACAUGACUCUAGUUGGGAGGGGAACAGAGAAAGAAAGGAUGGAUGUGGGUGGUGUAUCUUGUUCCGCUUUAAGUGGAACACCUAUUUUUCAGUGUUGAAACAUGGUUCCUUUGGUAGAAGUGCAGUUUUUAAAAAAUUGUACUAUUUUUAUAAAGCAAGAACUAUUUUAUGCCUGCAGAAUGAAUCAUUUUUAGAUUGUGGCGUAAGUCUUACAAAAACUUGUCAAGCUCUUUUCACCUAUGAUAGCAGAUGAGCCCAAACUUUACUCUAGCCCACUUGUUCUUAAGCACAGAAUCCAGUGACCUUGGUCACCUUUCCCACCUAUCUACUUGCAUUCAUCUUUGGCAGACCUGGAGUUAAUAUCGGUUGAUGCCUGCCCGAUGCCGCUGAAUUCAGGAAUUCCAGGGCAAACUUAGGGCUUUGUGCCAAUCUCCAGAUUGGCAACUCGAGCUGAACAAAUGAGUUGUAGUUUGGAUGUCCAUGUGUAAACAUUCCCUAGAUUGGUUUUGUGGAGUUGGCAGCUUGAUCAUCAUGAUCAUCUUGCCAGGGGCAGUGAUUACAAGGCCACUUAACCUCUUUCUAAGAAGAAAGAGAAUUACCUGUUUAUGUGGGAGAAAGAAAACGCGAGAAUGAAUGAAUGAGGAGGAAGAAACAUUUACUCUCUGUCUUCUAGACACUUCAGUUUUGAAAGUCACCUUCCUGUGGACUUCCUGAAAAAGAUUCUCAGGUAGCCUCUGUAUAAUCAGAACAAUGACAUUUGAGUUGGAGAACAGAGGGACCAGCCCGCAUCUUGGGGUCACAGGUAGCAGGUGGCAGAGGAGUCCUAAUAGUUCUCCGUGCCGACUGGCCAGUGGAGUUGGGUGAGGAGCAGCAGGAACUGCAGGUUGCCAAGCCGUUGGCCUCUCAAGGGGGGAGGCAGUGGGGACAGGUGGUAGAGAACUCACAUCUCCUGUCCUCAUUUCAUGUUUCAGAGGAAGAAGAUUAAUUUGGCUCUAUAAAGAAUUAAGAGACAGCCCACAUCCCAGUGCCUGGUCUUGCAUUGUAGAAUUUACAGCCAAGAAGAAAAUGUAUUUUUGAAAGGGCAAAGGCUGGUCUCAUCCCUCACCAAUUGACACCCCAUCUGUCAAUGCCUUUUUUUCCCUUCCUGUUCACUUCAUGGGAAUAGGAGACAUGGCUCAUGUUUGGUAAUUGAUAAAAUGUCUUUGAGAGAAAAAAAUAAAGGUUUCAACUCCC